GUAAAAAUUGUAUGUAAUUAAUAUUGAGUGUCUGUAACAGUCGGUAACAGUGCUCUGUAAAUCCAAAAAAGUUUGAGUUCUAUUGAUCGUCAACGUGACAACUGAGAAAUAAUGUGAGGUUAUGUAGAGGAUGCAAGGCGUACGAAUUGGUUAAAGAUAUUAAAGUUAGGUUUUGUUUGAAACGAUAGAAAUUUCUUCAGUUAAUAUAAAAGGAUUUUACAUAGAGUAUAAUAAUGUCCUCGUGGAAGAAAGCUGCAAAAGCGAGUCAGAAGACUCAUCGAGAACGUCACCAGCCGGAGGCUCGUAAACAUCUAGGCCUGCUGCAAAAGAAAAAAGACUAUAUUGCCAGAGCCAGAGACUUUCAAGAGAAGCAAGCAACGGUCAAGCUCCUGCGAAAGCGGGCGCUGAACAAGAAUCCAGAUGAAUUUCAUUUUCAUAUGAUUAAUUCACAACUAAUUGAUGGUAUUCAUAGAGAAAAGGACAAAGAGGAUCAACAUACACCUGAACAGAUCAAGUUGAUGGAAACACAGGAUUUAAACUAUAUAAUUUAUAAAAGAAAUAUUGAAACAAAAAAGAUAGAGAAGUUGCAGAGCCGGUUGCACAUGAUUGAUGUAGCCAAUGAGACGCCAAAUCGACACAUUUUCUUUGUGGAUGGUGACAAGGAGAUAAAAAACUUUAAUCCUGCUACGAGAUUAAACACACAUCCAGCACUUCUGUCUAGACGCAUCAAUCAACCAACACUAAGUGCAAUUAAGAAUAUGAAAUUGCCAGAAUUAGAUGAAAAAACUAUCAGGAAGAUUGAGCAGGCAAAACACACAGCUUAUAAAGAAUUGGAAAAAAGAAUUAAUAGAGAACGCGAAUUAAUGAUUAUACAACAAAAGCUAGAAAUUCGUAAAGCGUUAAAAGACAAAACAGUCACGAAACCAAAAUUAAUAAAACAAGGUUCGAAAGACUCUGCUCCAAUUUAUAAAUGGAAGUAUGAGAGAAAACGGUAACGUGUUUACAUUGCAAAAUUUUGUCUAGUUUUAUGUGUAAUUAUAUAUAACCCAUACUUAUUUGUACUUAUGAAUACUGAGAGUAAAGUUUUGUUGAAA